AUGUCCGCCACUGUUUCAAAGACCGCCAACGACACGCCCUUCUCUCACAUCUCCGUCAAACCUCUUCACUCGACUUUCGCUGCUGAGAUUAGUGGUGUGGAUCUCUUGGCAACUUUGAGCGAUGAAGUGUUUGCGGAGAUACAUCGAGCUGUGACAAAGUAUGGUGUGGUGGUCUUCCGUAGCACUGGCCUCACCGAUGAAGGUCACAUCGCGUUCUCCCGAAAAUUUGGAGAGCUAGAUGAUGUGACCCCAUAUGUCGGUAUGGGGAGGAAGCACCGUCUCAAAUACGUCGAGCUUUUUGAUGUCAGCAACGUUGAAACCGAUGGAACUAUUCUUAACCCCGAGAGCGCCCGCGGACAAGCAAACAAGGGCAACGAUCUUUUUCACGUCGACUCAAGCUUCAACCCACGUCGUGCCGGAUACUCGUUGCUCCUCGCCCACGAGCUUCCUCCCAGCGGGAUGGGCGGCCACACAGCAUUUGCGGACACCAGGACAGCAUUCGACACCCUUUCUUUGGAUCUCCAAAAAGAUCUGUUAGCCAAAGAAUAUGUGGCGUGUCACUCCAUGUACCACUCUCGCAAGCUGGCUGCGCCUGAAACUUUCGCUGAUCUCAAGCCGCUCGAUCAUCCUAUGGGACGGCACAGACUGGUGCAGCGUCACGAGGCCUCCGAUCGCAUGAAUAUCUACAUUGCAGCCCAUGUUCAUCAUAUCGAGGGCCUGGCUCCCGACGAGUCCCAAAAAUUGUUUGACAAGUUGUACAAAUACUCCACUCGCGAUGAGAACACCGUCGAGAUUGAGUGGCAGAAUGUGGGUGAUCUGGUCAUCUGGGAUAAUACCUGCACGAUGCAUAGGGCUGUUGGGGGACCCUUUCUAAGAAAGUACAGGCGUGAUAUGAGGCGCACUACUGUUCACGAUUCAAGCUCAACGGCUUGGGGCUUGAAUGAGCAUACCGAUGUGCGACAAGGUCUUCCCUGA